AUGCAGUUAAGCCUCAUUUCACUCGCCUUUAUGGCCUUGACUCCCGUCCUCGCAGACCUGACCCCCGAUCCGACUGCGUGCGCAUCCCUCAUCGGCACAGCUCCAACGCCGCCUCCUGAGCUCAUCUCUGUCGUACUCGAUGCGACUCAAGCAGAUCCGUGCCAUCCCACAACGCCUGCCAUUCCAUCUAGUCUCCGGUCUGCGUUCUCGAGCUACGAAUCUGCAGCAUCGUCGUGGAAGAAAGAAAAUGGAUCCAAGGCUUCCCAGCUCUGUCGCAUGACCCAUACAUUUAGCUUCAGCCUGUCUACUACCUAUUCUAUCGGUGACUUCUGCAGCUCGAGUACCAAGGGAGGGCAAACAGGAACAGGAACAGGAGAAGGCGCGACUGCGACUGCGACCGGUAAUGGAGGUACUGCAGCUACAAGCAGCACAUCAACUGGCGGUGCUCGCCAGACCGACUUUGCUAUGGCUGCCGUUGCCGCGGCCGGUUUCGCCAUUGCGGCCCUAUAA